CGCACACAGACACACACGCGCGCACAGACACAAGAUGGCGGACCGCCGUGCGAACAGUUUCUCCACAACAAAAAGGCCGAGUUAAACUUCUCCCGGACUUUGUGAACGACUCCGCCGCAGUGAGCGGAGACAUGAGCGGCCCCCGCCGCGUCUGACGGCCCGUUUAACGGCCGCCCGAGUUCCCCGGGGAUGUUCCGUGAGACCUGAGGCGGACUUUGGUCGUUUCACAGCGAAUCCGAGACGGUCACAGCUGGGGUCUCCAGCAUGGCGGCAGCGUCUUACGACCAGCUGCUGAGACAGGUGGAGGUGUUGAAGAUGGAGAACUCCAACUUGAGACAGGAGCUGCAGGACAACUCCAACCACCUGACGCAACUGGAGAGUGAGGCCUCCAACAUGAAGGAAGUGCUGAAGCAGCUGCAGGGCACCAUAGAAGAAGAGUCAGGGGAGGCGUCUGGCUCUCAGCUGGAGCUAAUCGAAAGACUGAAAGAGAUGAGCCUGGAGUCUGCAGGGUUCAAGCCCAGGUCGAGGCCUCCUCUUCCCCUCUCGUCCUCCUCCAGCUCGGCCUCUUCUGGCUCCGGAGCUCCUGGAGGAGCAGCAGGAGGAUCCAAAGCUGCAGGCCCCUCCGCGCCCACCGGCCUCCCCAGGAGAGGCCCACCGCCGACGGGCAGGGACCAGGAGCGCUGCCUGGAGGAGCUGGAGAAGGAGAGGUCUCUCCUGUUGGCUGAGCUGGAGAAGGAGGAGAAGGAGAAGGACUGGUACUACGCUCAGCUGCAGAACCUCACCAAGAGGAUCGACAGUCUGCCGCUCACAGAGAAUUUCACCCUGCAGACGGACAUGAGUCGGCGUCAGCUGGAGUUCGAGGCUCGUCAGAUCCGCUCUGCGAUGGAGGAGCAGCUGGGCUCCUGUCAGGAGAUGGAGAGGAGAGCUCAGGACCGCGUGUCUCGUAUUCAGCAGAUAGAUAAGGACAUCCUGCGGCUGGGAGCACGAUCGCAGGUGGAGGAACGUCAGGGGUCGACCGACAGCAUCGGAUUGGCCUCCGCUCAGAGCUCCAGCAUCCAGUUGGACCAUGAGCCAGCCAAUGAGACAAGCUACUCUGUGCCUCGACGAAUCACCAGCCACCUCGGCACCAAGGUGGAGAUGGUGUACAGCCUUCUGUCGAUGUUGGGGACUCACGAUAAAGACGACAUGUCGCGGACGCUGCUCGCCAUGUCGAGCUCUCAGGACUCGUGCAUCGCCAUGCGUCAGUCCGGCUGCCUGCCGCUGCUCAUCCAGCUGCUGCACGGCAACGACAAGGACUCCCUGUUGCUAGGCAACUCGCGCGGCAGCAAGGAGGCCCGUGCGCGCGCCUCAGCGGCGCUGCACAACAUCGUGCACAGUCAGCCCGAAGACAAUAGGGGCCAGCGCGAGAUCAGGGUGCUCCACCUGCUGGAGCAGGUACGCCACUACUGCGAGGAGUGCUGGAGCUGGCAGGAGAACCACGAGAGGGGCGUCGACCAGGAGGACAACCCCAUGCCGUCUCCAGUGGAGCAUCAGAUCUGUCCGGCUGUCUGUGUCCUCAUGAAGCUUUCCUUUGAAGAAGAACAUCGACACGCCAUGAACGAACUGGGUCAGUGUGACAUCAUCGGGCUCUCUGAGGUCAUCCCGCUGCUCCUCUGGUGUUCACACCCUCCGUGUGUCUGUGGGUUAUUUGUCCCUGCAGGUGGUCUGCAGGCGGUGGCUGAGCUGCUGCAGGUGGACUGUGAGAUGUUCGGUCUGAGCAGCGACCAUUACAGCGUCACGCUGCGGCGGUACGCCGGCAUGGCGCUCACCAACCUCACCUUUGGAGACGUCGCCAACAAGGCCACGCUGUGCUCCAUGAAGGGCUGCAUGAGAGCGAUGGUCGCUCAGCUGAAGUCUGACAGCGAGGACCUGCAGCAGGUGAUAGCGAGUGUCUUGAGGAACCUGUCGUGGCGCGCUGAUGUCAACAGUAAGAAGACGCUGCGUGAGGUGGGCAGCGUGCGCGCGCUGACCGGCUGCGCCCUGGAGGUCCAGAAGGAGUCGACCCUGAAGUCCGUGCUCAGCGCCCUCUGGAACCUCUCGGCUCACUGCACCGAGAACAAGGCGGACAUCUGCGCGGUGGACGGCGCGCUGGCGUUCCUGGUGGGGACGCUGACGCACCGCAGCCACACCAACACGCUCGCCAUCAUCGAGAGCGGCGGCGGGAUCCUCCGCAACGUGUCCAGCCUCAUCGCCACCAACGAGGCGCACAGGCAGAUCCUGCGAGAACACGGCUGCCUGCCGACUCUGCUGCAGCACCUCAAGUCCCACAGUCUGACCAUCGUGUCCAACGCCUGCGGGACGCUGUGGAAUCUGUCGGCCAGGGACACCAAGGACCAGGAGGCAUUGUGGGAGCUGGGCGCCGUCGGCAUGCUGCGUAACCUCAUUCACUCCCGGCACAAGAUGAUCGCCAUGGGCAGCGCCGCCGCCCUGCGCAACCUGAUGGCCAACCGGCCGGCGCGCUACAAGGACGCCAGCGUGGUGUCCCCGGGCGCCGGCGCCCCGUCGCUGCACGCCCGCAAGCAGAAGGCGCUUUUUGAGGAGCUGGACGCUCAGCAGCUGUCGGAGACUUUCGACAACAUCGACAACCUGAGCCCCAAGGCGGCGCACAGAAAGGGGCGGGGCUGUAACGGCGCCGCAGGGGCAGCGACGCGAUCUUACACCAACACGCCGGUGCUGUCCAGCCCGAAGAACGCGGACGGCUCAAAGAGGCCCGGCGAGGAGGUGGCGUACGGCCGGCCCGUGUUCCCGCCCAGCGUGCGGGCGUCCAGCGACAGCCUGAACAGCGUGACCAGCGCCGACGGCUACGGGAACCGCGGCAAGACCAAGCCCUCGGCCGAGCCCUUCUACUCGUCCGACGAGAGCGCCGCCAACAAGUGCUGCGUCUACAGGAAGUACCCGGCCGACCUGGCGCACAAGAUCCGCAGCGCCAACCACAUGGCGGACGACGACGGCGGCGAGCUGGACACGCCCAUCAACUACAGCCUGAAGUACUCCGACGAGCAGCUGAACUCCGGCAGGCAGAGCCCGAGCCACCGCGAGAGCGACGAGGACGACGAGCUCCGGCUGAGGAGGCGGAGAACCGACGGCGCCGACCCCGCGCUCGCGGGCGGCCGCGCAGCCUCCGGCGGUCAGCCGCGCUACGCCGCCGCCGCGACCUCGAACUACGGCGCCGACUCGGCGGUGGAGCAGCCCAUCGACUACAGCCUGAAGUACGGCGCCGAGGCCGCACGCAAACCGCUGCUCCGGCCCGAGGAGAAGGCCGCUGCCUCAGCCCCGCCCCCUCCGUCAGCCGCCGCAAACAAGCUCCGCCCCCCGCCGCCCCUGUCUGCCAAUCGGACGGCGCCAAAGGGCCACCAGGAGUUGACGCAGACUUACUGCGUAGAGGACACGCCCAUCUGCUUCUCCAGGGGCAGCUCGCUGUCCUCGCUGUCAUCGGAGGAGGACGACGAAGACGGCGAUGUCAUCGGGAGGAAGAGGAGAAGCAGGCGGGGCAGCGGCGGUAACGAUUACCCAACACUUCCUGUCAGCGAGAAGGACGCACAGGAGCAACAGCAGAGGCAGCAGAAGGAGGCGGAGAGCCAGACCGCCACCGCAGCGGCCGCCGCCGCCGCCGCCUCCUCCGCCCCCUCCUCACGAGGAAGACGUGGUCACCACCACGGCCACGCCCACCACCAUCACCACCACCAUGGUCCUUCGUCGUCGGGCGCCAGGACUCCCAAGAGUCCUCCGGAGCAGCCGUACGCUCAAGAGACGCCGCUGAUGUUCAGCCGCUGCACCUCCGUCAGCUCUCUGGACAGCUUCUCCACCUCCUCCAUCGCCAGCUCCGUCCGCUCAAGCGAGCCGUGCAGCGGCAUGCCGAGCGGCGUGGUCAGCCCCAGCGACCUGCCCGACAGCCCCGGUCAGACCAUGCCGCCGAGCCGCGCCAAGACGCCACCUCCGCCUACGCGGAGCACCAAGGAGGAGGAGCGGAGCAAGAAGAAAAAGGAGGAGGAGGAGGAGAGCAGCGCCGACGUCCUGCUGCACUUCGCCACGGAGAGCACGCCGCACGGCUUCUCCCGCGCCUCCAGUCUGAGCGCGCUCAGUCUGGACGAGCCGUACAUUGCAGCAGAGAUGAUGAAGGAGGAGGAGGAGCAUCAGCAGCAGCAGCAGCAGCAGCAGCAGCAGCAGCAGCAGCAGGAGGAGGAGGACGAGGAGGACGAGGAGGAGGGAGGAGGAGACGAUGGCGUGAGGAAGGACGAGGAGGGAAACAAACCCAUCCUCGACGAGUCGGACGACGACGAGAUCCUGGAGCAGUGCAUCAACAUGGCCAUGCCCAAGUCGUCACGGAAACCAAAGAAGCAGCAACAAGCAGCGCCACGGAAACCCAGCCAGCUCCCCGUCUAUAAGCUCCACCCACCUCAGAGCCGCGCCCAAUCACAGCAGAGGAAGGAUGUGCCUCAGCCGCCGGAGGAGGUGCCGAGAAUUUACUGCGUGGAAGGAACGCCGCUCAACUUCUCCACCGCCACAUCGCUCAGUGACCUCACCAUCGACUCCCCGCCCAAUGAGGAAGCAGCUGUGGCGCCUGUAGCCCCACCUCCACCCGGCCAGCGGAGGGGGGCGGGACUACCCGAGGGCGAGAAUGGCGACGACAUCCUGGCGGAGUGCAUCAGCGCCGCCAUGCCCAAAGCCAAGCCCAGAAAACCGGUCCGAGCGUCAGUGAACAGCGAGCACCUCAAAGCCCCGCCUCCUCCUGCUCCGGCUCCGCCCCCUCUCGCCCUGCAGCAGCAGCAGAAGAAGAAGCCGACGUCUCCGGUGAAGCCAAUGCCGCAGCGGGCGGCGUACAGCGUCGCCGCGGCAACCGCUGCCAGAGCCAAGCCGGGGUUCGCCUUCGACUCGCCGCACCACUACACGCCCAUCGAGGGCACGCCGUGCUGCUUCUCACGCAACGACUCCCUGAGCUCGCUCGACUUCGACGAAGACGACUGCGGCGACAAGGACACGGAGAAGAAAACCAGAGAAGAAGAAGGCAGGAAGAGGAAGCAGCAGCAGGCGGCGGCGGCGGUUUUCCCUCGGACCAAACCGGCGCCCAACGCCACGGCGUCUGACGAGAGGCAGAAGUUCUCCAUCGAGGACACGCCCGUCUGCUUCUCCAGGAACUCGUCCCUGAGCUCGCUGAGCGACAUCGACCAGGAGAACAACAACAAGGAGUUCGCUCCGCCGCCCGAGGAGAAGGACGGAGGCAAAGCGGGAGGCAAGCCUCCUCAAGAGGAGACGAAGCCCCGCCCCCCCGUGGCGAGCUGCUAUGCUCCCAUCGCGUUCCACGUGGAGGACACGCCCGUCUGCUUCUCCAGGAACUCGUCGCUCAGCUCGCUGAGCAUCGACUCGGAGGACGACCUGCUGCAGGAGUGCAUCAGCUCCGCCAUGCCCAAGAAGAAGAAGAAGGCCGCCAGCGCCGCCGGCCCCGUGGCCACGCCUCCUCCCGCUUCCAAAGCCGAGGACGAUAUUUUGACCGAGGAGGAGCCUUCGGAGGCGCCCAGGAGCCCCACGUCCCCCGAUUCGGAGACGUUUGACUGGAAGGCGAUCCAGGAAGGCGCCAACUCCAUCGUCAGCAGCCUGAACGCAGCCGCCGCCGCGUCCUCGUUGUCGCGGCAACCGUCGUCCGACUCCGACUCGGUCCUCUCCCUGAAGUCGGUGGGCUCGCCGUUCCGCCUGCCAGCAGCCAAUAACAACGCAGAAGAAGACCCAGAGGAGAUGGAGGAGGUGGCGAUGAAGCGGGGGGCGAGGAUCCUGAAGGGCGGGGAGCGCAGCACGCUGGAGGCCAAGAAGAAGAAGGAGGAGGUUGAGGAGGAGGAGGAGGCCAAGGCCUUGAGAGGAGGGAAGAAGGUGUACAGGAGCCUGAUCACGGGGAAGCCGAGGGCGGAGCCAUCCGCGAGGGGGCGGAGCAAGCCCAGAGCAGCCGCUGUGGCCAAGCCUCCCGGAAGCCUCGAUGGCGCCGACAGAGGAGGCGCGUCCUCUCGCGACUCCACGCCGUCCCGCCCUACCGCUGCAGCCAAUCAGAAAGGAGGGAAGACGCUGCAGACGCCACGCACGGCGUCUCCAGGAAGUGCGUCGUCGUCGUCCUCUUCGGCCUCCAGGCCUGCCAAGCAGAGCGGGGGGGCGAGGGGCGGCGGCAUCCCGAGGAGCGAGUCGGCGUCGAAGGUCGGCGGCUCUACGGCGGCCAAGAAGCCGAAGGCGGAGCCUGAGAAGGCGGCGCCCGAGAAGCCGGCGCUGGUCCGUCAGUCGACCUUCAUCAAAGAAGCGCCGAGUCCCACGCUGAAGAGGAAGCUGGAGGAGUCAGCGGCGGCCGGGACGGGGGCGGAGUCGCCGACCAGCCCCGAUGCUCCGUUGCCGUCGACGACCAGGCGGCACGACAUCAACCGCUCACACUCGGAGAGCCCCUCUCGCUCACAGGAAGUGACGUCAUCACGGUUCAGCCGCACAGGCACCUGGAAGCGGGAGAGCAGCAGCGGAGGCGGAACCGGCAAGCACGCAACCUCGCUGCCCCGCGUGGGCACGUGGAAGCGGACGGGAAGCUCCUCCUCCAUCCUGUCGGCGUCAUCGGAGUCCAGCGAGAAGGGGCGGAGCGAGGAGGACGGCGGCGCCGCCAGGUCCAACGGGACGUGGAGGAAGGGGAAGAGCGGCGGCGAUUCGGCGGCCGGACGCUUCUCCGACAAGUCGGAGGACGUGUGGGUGCGUCUGGAGGAUUGUCCCGUCAACAACCCGCGCUCCGCCUCCGCCCGCUCGCCCACCGCCAACGCCCCCCCCGUCAUCGACAGCCCGGCGCCCUCCAAGAUCCCCUCCUCCUCCUCCUCCUGCUCCUCCUCCAACCUCAACCUGCGCCGGAGCUGCGAGAGUCUCGACGACAAGCCGCCGCCGCCCGAAUGCCCGACACCACCACAACAACAACAACAACAACAACAACGCAGUCAGCAGCGCAGCGGCGCCGUGGCGGCUCGGGUCAGCCCCUUCAACUACACGCCGAGCUCCAGGAAAGGAAGCUCCGACGUCAACGCCACGCCCCCAACGACCACCGUCCCGUCGUCCUCGUCGACCUCCACGACCCCCACACGACCUUCACUCAUCCCCACACCCGUCACUAAGAAACGGGAGCCGAAGGGCGGCGAGGGCGGCGGCGGGGGGGCGGAACGCGGCUCGUACAUCGUGACGUCAGUUUGAAGAGAAACGGACAGAAACGGAGGAAGUGUAAAUACGGAGAGUGUACAGGAAGUGCGUCUGCAUUUAAGCGCUAGCCCCGCCCCUUCACCCCCCUCUUCCCCUCAUUGGCUCCUCUCACCUGCCACUCAUGGUUCUUUAUUCGAGGAGAGCAAACUUUAAAAGUAAACUUUUUAUGUUUUUAUACCACUAAAAUGAUAAGUAGCGCUUAGCUCCGCCCCUUUCUGCCUGUGUUCCUGCAUGGCCCCGCCCCCCUAACAAUGACAGUUACCACGGUGAUGUUUCUGCUAGCUGUAGCAGUUGAAGACGAUUCUGCUCUUUGGGACGGUUUUUUUUCACAUUUUGUUCUGAAAAAAAAAUCACAAUAGAUUUUUCUCCUGUCGUCGGGUAGAAAUUAAUUUAUUCUCUCCGUGUGGAGACAGCUUGGUGGUUCAACAUGUAACGAUUCCCAGUUUGAGUGUAAAAUAAUCUCCACUAAAGCUGCUUUGAAUGAGACGAGGAAACUUCUGAGAGAACAAAUAACACUGUAAACGUAAGUUAUUGCUGUAAAACCGUAAGAACCUUCACUUAAGCACAUAAUUUAAACCAGAAUGAUUUUUGCCAAAAAGAGUUUCCAUGGCUGUAACUUUAUUUUCACUGUUUUUAUGUUCGUGGAAGACGAGUCGGAAGCAAAAAUGUUUUUGGUGAAAUGUUAAACUGAUGAACAAUAAAACAUUUUAGCUGCAAACUCUUCUGGUUGUUUGAUUGUGAAAAUGAUAGAAAUGAAUGAAGCUUAAUAAAAA